AUGAAUGGCCUUUACAUCCUUAUUCCUGACACGUCUCAUACGCUCGCUGCUGAGCAUCCCCCACGCCAUAUGAGUACUCCCGCGCUUUCGGACGAUACUGGUAGCUCCUCUUCACGCGAAAGCUCUCGACCCGCUACACCCACUUCUGGAGUCAGUCGUGCACCAUCUAUCUCUUUUUGUGACUAUUCUGAGCCUACUCUCUCUGGCGAAGGCACGUGCAUCAGGAUUGUCGAAGCAGAUGCGGACUGCUCGCCACCAGAAGACACCACGCGUCCGCUGAAACGGAGGCGGUUGACGGAUACAAGGGCUGAUGAAGUCCGCGCAGAGAGAGCGCUGCCGCCUGAUAUUUGGAGUGAUGCAACCAUGGUCGAUGACGGCGCGUUCUUCGGUCUUUGCCAUACACCCAUCAGCGACUGCACGAGUGUCGGGGACGUCGAGCCCGAUGCAGUGGACCCGUUACCAGAAUACGUCUCCCGUCCAUUGAAAAGAAAGCGAAGCGCGGACACAAGCACCUAUGACGCUCGCACAAAGAGGGCGCGGACGUCUGGCACUUCGAACGACGCAACCAAGGCCGAGGACCGCGCUUGUUCCGGUCUUGGGCAUAUACUCAUCUACGACUACACGAAGAUCAGGGUCAUCGAACCUGAAGCGGCUCCCGCGGUCUCCCCCGAUAUGAACUCACACGCGUCACUUGAAGCCAUCACUCGUCCGCCGAAGCGAAAACGGUGUGCAAACACGACGGCCGAUGAGGUCCGUGUUAAGAGAAGGCGGCUGUCUGAUAGUCCGAGCGACGCGUCAAAGCUCAACGACGGUAUUCCUUUCGGACCUCACCCUAGAUGCAUGAUCACGGGCUGCGUGUCCGCUGAGGUGGAAGCGUGCUAUAUCCUGCCUCCCGACACGCCCCAACCGUUGGUCUACACAUACCACGUCAUCGCAGAGGAUGAGCAGCCUCCAGACUCGGGCACCCCCCAGGAUCAUACCAUUAUACCUCUAGCUAUGACCGCUGAAUGCUCGUAUCGCUCGCUGGGGUGGCACGAGCUGAGUGCUAAUCUGCAUCUGAUGACAAUUCGAGUGGGUCGUGAAUUCAUUAAGCGACCGCUCCACUACGAGCAUGCUUUAUCUAAGGACGUUCUUGUGCAUAUACCCACUAUCGCGCUUGUCCACCCAGAUGCAGUCGAGCCGAUCUCCCCCCACAUUGAACGAGAAUCGCCAGUCGAAGGCAUCCCCCGCCCGCGGAAGCGGAAACGGUGUCCGGAGACAGAGACUGGUGAAGUCCCUGCCAAGAGGAUGCACACUUCCGUCACUGGAUGCAACGCGUCCAACAUCAAGGACGCCGUUCGUUUUGGACCUCACCCGAAGUGCAUGAUCACCGGCUGCGUGUCUGCUGAUGUAGAGGGGUGCUAUAUCUGGCCUCUAGACAUGCCUCAGCGAUUGGUUUAUAAGUAUUGCGUCAUCGCAGAGGACGAGCACCCUCCAGACUCAUGUGCGACCAUGGGUAACCCCAUCACGCCUGCCGUCAUGGCGGCCCCUUGCUCAUAUCGGUCGCUCGGGUGGCAUAAAUUGAAAGCCGAUCUCCGUCUGAUGGUAUUUCGAGCGGGACAGAAAUUGAGCAAGCGACCAUUCCACUACAGGCAUAUCUUGCGGGAGCUGCUUCCCCACAAGGAAAUUAAUCAUACAUAUGAGAUAGUCUCCCGGUAUAAGUCGUGGAUGGCCCCCCUGCAUCGCGAGAUAGUACGCGGCAGGCGAUUGUGGGCAACAGGCGAGCUCGCACCCUUCCCUGAUGGUUAUUUCCGCUGCUUCAGCACGCGGUAUUGCUCUCCCCUGCCGGAUGACGAUGCUGUCCGCUUUCCUUGCCCAUUUCGGCCGGUCGUCUCAGGGAUAAAGAGGAAACGAUCUGGUCACACCAGGGCGGACAUUGAGAUCUACACCGCGAAGGAAGAUGCUCAACGCGAGGUUAGCGUCCGUCAGUGGUGUCGAGACUGCGAUCAGGCUCGAGACGAGUGGACGAUGGGACCGCCUGCGGAACGUACGGACGCAGAGUUGCUCGCUUAUCGACAAGAGGACGCCAGCAAUGUGCUGCCUGCUGCGCAAAAAUCUUGGUUGGUGGAAAAUUAUUUUGCAAAGUGGCAGUGGACUGAUACUGACACCCCCGACCCUGCGGAACUAUGCGUGGCGAUUCUCGCCAAGGGCCGGGAUGUACAGUACUUUUGA